UCCGCCAACAGCUGGCGGCCCCUGGGUGACGCGUAGGCCCGGGAGCGUCAAGCAUGGACGACCACGGCCUGGAGGAAUUCCGCCGGCGCUGGCAGGAGGAGUUGGCCCAGUCGCAGGCGCUGAGGCGGCGGCGGCGGCUCGAGGCCGGGGAGCGGCGGCCGCGGAGGCCCGAGGCGGGGGCGCGCGGUGAGCAGGCCUCGGGGUACCUGGCGCUGGCGCAGGGUCUGCUGGAGGGUGCGGGCCGACCCCCGGCGCCCAGACCCGGCCGUGCCGACAGGAGGGACGCGAGCAGCCGCUCUCGCUCGCCCCCGGACCGCGAUGCCGAGGAGCCUGAGCCGCUGGUGGACCAGCUCAUCCGCGACUUGAAUGAGAUGGAUGAUGUGCCCUUCUUUGACGUCCAGCUGCCUUAUGAAUUGGCAAUCAAUAUAUUUCAGUAUCUGAAUAGAAGAGAACUGGGUCGGUGUGCUCAGGUGAGCAGGACAUGGAAGGUGAUUUCUGAAGACGAGGUGCUGUGGUACCGGCUGUGCCAACAAGAGGGGCAUCUUCCCCGGAGCAGCAUCUCUGACUAUUCCUGCUGGAAGCUCAUCUUGCAAGAGUGCCUUGCCAAGGAGCAUAUGUUAAGAACCAACUGGAAGAAUCGCAAAGGCGCCGUGAGUGAGCUGGAGCACGUUCCUGAUGCCGUUUUGUGUGAUGUCCGCUCUCAUGAUGGUGUCGUCAUUGCAGGAUACACGUCAGGGGACGUGAGGGUGUGGGACACCCGCACCUGGGACUAUGUGGCCCCUUUCCUAGAAUCUGAGUCGGAAGAGGAGGAGCCUGGAAUGCAGCCAUAUGUCUCCUUUGUGAGGAUCAACAGCUCACUGGCAGUUGCAGCUUAUGAGGAUGGGAUUCUUAACAUUUGGGACCUGAGGACCGGGAAGUUCCCUAUCCAUCGUUUUGAGCAUGAUGCAAGAAUACAGGCCCUCGCGCUCAGCCGGGAACAGGCCACCGUUGCCACUGCUUCUGCUUUUGACGUUGUGAUGCUGUACCCUAACGAGGAGGGGUACUGGCAUGUAGCUGCGGAAUUUGAAGUUCAGAAACUGGUUGACUACCUGGAAAUAGUUCCAGAUACUGGGAGGUACCCUGUGGCAAUAGCCACAGCCGGGGACCUGGUGUACCUGCUGAAGGCUGAGGACUCGGCCAGAACCCUCCAUUAUGUCUACGGUCAGCCUGCCACAUGUCUGGAUGUCUCAGCCAGCCAGGUUGCCUUUGGGGUGAAGAGUCUGGGAUGGGUGUAUGAAGGAAACAAGAUCCUGGUGUACAGCCUGGAAGCAGAACGCUGUCUCUCAAAGCUCGGCAAUGCGCUCGGUGACUUCACCUGUGUCAACCUCCGGGACAGCCCACCCCACCUCAUGGUCAGCGGCAACAUGGACAGGAGGGUCAGGCUCCAUGAUCUCCGCAGCGACAACACCGCCCUGUCACUGUCUGCCCACCAGCUGGGGGUGUCCGCAGUCCAGAUGGACGACUGGAAGAUUGUCAGCGGGGGCGAGGAGGGGCUGGUGUCCGUGUGGGAUUACCGCAUGAACCAGAAGCUGUGGGAGGUUCACUCCAGGCACCCUGUGCGCCACGUCUCCUUCAAUAGCCACAGCCUGAUCACUGCCAACGUGCCCUAUGAGAAGGUGGUGCGCAACUCCGACAUGGACAACUUUGCCUGCCACAGGAGGCAUCGUGGCCUGAUCCAUGCCUAUGAGUUUGCAGUGGACCAGCUGGCCUUUCAGAGCCCUCUUCCUGUCUGCCGCUCUCCUUGUGACACCAUGGCUGGGUACAGCUAUGACCUAGCACUGUCUUUCCCCUAUGACAGUGUUUAGGCAGUUUAUGGACGCUAGAGCUGAGGAAGCUCCCCACACAGUGGGAGUUGGGGGCAGUGCUCUCCUAGGCCGCAGCCACACAGCCGCGCUGCUUCUGGACCACCCACACAGCAUAUGCUGCUCUCCUUCCACCUGGGGACACCAGAAGCUGCUCCUCCACCUCAGCCUGUGACAGGAGCUUUUCCACACUCACUGGUCUGUGUGCCGUGCUGAGGGUGGGACCAGAGCCUCAGUGUAGGCGAGCGCUCAGAGUGGUCUCCCGACCCCACCUAGUCCAGCCGCCCUCUGUGGUUCUCACAGCCCCUCAUUACAGACCCUCACCUGUGAGGACUGCUCCAUUCACCUGCUGCUCUCUUCAGUACAUGCUGGGAAGGAAACAUCCAUCCUUCCCUGGGGAGAAAAGGGCCACUCCCUGGGGAUGGGGUUGGGGAGCUCAGUUCCCAAACCUGGCUGGCGGUACCUCUUCCCUCAGCACCCACAGCUCACCCACUCUGCCUGCAGAAUGUUCAGGCAGAUCCACAGUGGCCACAAGAGCCAGUCAGGGAAAGCACUUGUGUGCACAGUGCUUCAGAAUUCCCAUGGACCAGGCACCGGCAUGCCUGUACAGAGACCAGGCAGAGUCCUACCCAGCGGGUACCAGCCAGAAGCAGCAUGGUAGGCAGGUGGCCCAGGACACGCCACACUGGGUCUGCAGAUGGCAGAAAGCCAUGGGGGUGGGGAAGCUUUGUGCUCUGGAGACCAAGGCGGUUGAAAACAGGACAUGAGGGGGGCUGACCCACCUCUAGCCAGAGUAACACUGAGACCAGCACUGAGGUACUCAUGGUUCCUGGGCCUAGAGGGGCUUGGUCUUGUUUCCUGGUGCUGGGGAUGAAACCUGGGGCCUCAGAUGCCUGCUAGGUAAGGGCACUCCCACUGAGACACACCUCCCGCCAGUAUGUGCUUUUGUGGCAUGAAGCUUUCCCAGCUCAAAACAGUCAGGCCCCAGACAUCCACUGUCUAGCUGAAGCUGAGCGCGGCCUCCUUGCAGCCCCUCCCCCCCCCCCCCAUCAUCUGAUAUGAACCACACAUCAGAGGGCCAGCAGGCAGCAGCUCUCUCUCUUGCUGGGCUGGUGCCCCCUGCUGGCCCGGUCUUGCUAGGCCUUCUCUACAGCCGGAAUACUGGAGAAACCUGUCAGUCAGCACCGCAUGAGCAGGAAGCCCUUGGAGAGCUGCUGCAGAGGUGACUGGAGUGAAGAUGGCACACCUGCCAGCAGCUGGGGUGGCUUCAUGCAGGGCGCUUAGGGACAUGGCUCCUCACAGCAGCUCUGGGUGGUCCCGACUGUCAGCUAGCCCCCUGGGACCCCCCCCCCCAGCAGACCUAUCAGAUCUCCCCACGGCUUCUGGGGUUGCUGCCAAGCAUCUGCUCAGAAGCCAGGAGACACCAGGACGCGCCCCUGUAGCUCGCCUUUUGCCCUACGCGCCAUGUCUGCUGUUAUUAAAGGUUCUGGACUCGGC